UCCCACCCACAGGCUGCCCUAUAAAAGGCCUAGCUAGAAAACUAUGCUUGCAUUUUUGACUGGAUCUUCCUUCAACUGUCUGGCAAUGCCUGUGGAUUUCAGCGGAACCUGGAACCUUGUCAGCAAUGACAACUUCGAAGGUUAUAUGGUGGCCUUAGGUAUUGACUUUGCAACACGCAAAAUAGCAAAAAUGCUGAAGCCUCAGAAAGUGAUCAAACAGGAUGGUGAUUCAUUCCAUGUCCAUACCACUAGCUCAUUCAGAGAUUAUUUGCUUGAAUUCAAAGUUGGAGAAGAGUUUGAGGAAGAUAAUAAAGGCUUGGAUAACAGAAAAUGCAAGAGUCUUGUUACCUGGGAAAAUGACAAACUCGUCUGUGUCCAGACUGGUGAGAAGAAGAACAGGGGCUGGACUCACUGGCUCGAAGGGGAUGACCUCCACCUGGAGCUUCGUUGUGAGAAUCAAGUCUGUAGACAGGUCUUCAAGAGAGCUUGAGUCUGUGUGAUGUGCUGGGUCCUGCCUGCAGGGACAGCUCUGAGCAGGAGCCUCGUGUCCAGUGAGGGCUCUACGGACAAGAACUCACUCCUGUACCUAUUAACCUGAAUGGUCUGAAGUUUCUGGCUCAGGAAAUAAGUCUUCUGUUGCCAGUGUUAAAGAUCUGAUUUUUGCUAAUAAAUGCCUCAAACUAAUCCUAA